AUGGAUGAGAACACUGCAAACCCUCUGCAAUAUGGGGAUGUGGGGAAGCCCCUAUAUCACUCAGAUACGCAGUCAUGGUCAUUCCCGCGGAGCUUACGCCCUGCACCACGCAUAACUUACACUGGGAUGACCAAAAUUGUUAGGCCAUCACUCUGUACUUCAACCUCAUCGUCGUCGACACUUGACAAAUCAUUCCUAGCUGAGGGGUACCCCGAGCUUAUCCCAGGAUAUCGACUGGCUCACAGCCCAAGUGUGACUACAGCGAGGGCCGAUGCAUGCAACCCUCUAACCUCUACCCUUUUUGAUUUUGGCCGUGCAGUGGAUAUUGGUAUAGACACUUCUGGACGUCUCUCUAUACCUAUUGUUGCGUUUGCAUCCGGAGAAUGUGGCAACGCGAUAUCGUUUCGGACAAUCGCGGACGACACGGUAGACAUUCUGCAAUCCACGAUGACAGAGUUGCAGGUUCCGACAAUUGGAAAUGAAGACACUGUUGAAUGGGCAACAGGUGGAGCUCCCAUCCGGCAAAUCUGCUCAUCGAUCUCGGAAGAUGAGAGUGCCUCUUUCGUUGCCGUUCGUUCCAAUUCAACAGCCAUAUUCCGGCCUCUCUAUCGCAGAACACCCACCCCUGUCCCCACCCGCCGUGAUAGUAAUGGCAUUGCGUCGGGGUACCUAAUCUCACGCCUCGAUCCGGGCUUCUUGAUGGAGAUAUCGAGCUCACAUACCGGAGGCGUACCGCACGCAGACGUCAAAUUCAACCCAUGGAAUCAGAAACAGCUUGCCAUCGUGGAUGAAAGUGGGCAUUGGGGAAUCUGGGAACUCCGAAACCAGCGCAAUGCAAAUACAUGGAUUGCCGCAUGUGUGGCUUCGGGGUCGCUUCCAUGGGUUGGGUCUAAGAGUCAAACUACGGGCACGGUUAGACGACAUGACGGAUGGUUAGCUAUCGAUUGGGUCGGGGACGCACGCCAUAUUGUUGUUUGCGACAGGAGGUGCUCAAUUCUCUAUCGGUUGGAGGAUGGCCAAACUCAAUCCUCCGUGAUUGAGCUUGGGCUGGGGAGAAAGUCCGAAUGGAUUUUAGGUAUCAGAAGAAGCACCUGCAGGUCAUCGCAGGUCUUCAUACUCACAAAUUGUCGGCUUCUUUGGGUUGAUGCCACUUCUGCCUUGAUUUCGAGCCACGCCGAUUCAAAGCCGUCACUAUACCCGCGCCUAUCCUGGCGCCACUUUCGUGAUUCAGAUGACACGACACUGCAAAUGACUUCAUUGGCAGUUGACGAAGAUUUCUAUGUGAUUCUAUUUUCUCGUCUUACCCAACUUGUUCUCGCGUUCCACUGCCCCAUUUCACCCAAGCACACGGAUUAUCCGGAAUAUGCCCCCGAUCCUUUCAUUCUUGAAGUACCGCCAUCUCCAGAAGAUUCAGAGCCUCUUCCAAAAGCCGUGAAUUUUUCUACGCUUGUCUUCAGGGAAAUUGCACCCACAAUUAAAGGUGCAGCCUACCCCCACCCUGACUUGAUUUUCAUCAAGGCCUUCCUUCUAGAUUCCAGCCUCCGGGUCCAGGAGUCUAUAUAUUGCAAGAUAUCAAGUGGUCUAUCCGACGAGGAUAAAUCUCGUGGGAGAGAUAUCCUGCGUGUCAGCCAUCAGCGUGUAGCAAGGUCGCGGAAACAGGCUCUCAACAGAUUGAGUGAUUUCAUUGUUGAUGACUGGGACGAGUCUGCACUAGGCGCCGAAACGUCUGACCGCGGUGUUGACAAUCUUGCCCCCCUGACCGAUUCGCAAUUCGCAUUCGAUUAUACCCGGAUAUAUGCGGUAGUGACUGGGGUUUUGGGCUUGCUGUCUGGUGGCGACAAAGAAACCGCCAGGGUCAGUUUUCAAAUAUCGUUACAGGAGCUGAUGAACGAGAUAUCCGAUCAUGAUCACCCCGGGCGUUCUACGGGUCGAACAGCGCUUGAGUUCUCGGGAAGAACACCUUUACUUGACGAUAUCGAUCAAAACGCCCAAGAUCUGAGACAAUUCCUUUCUCGGGCUGCCUCGAAUCAGCUGUCACUGGGAGGCACGAGUCAUCUACUUGUUCAUCCUUAUGACCCUCUUACUUCACCUGAAUCGCAACAAACUCAACUAGCGGAUGUGUCAAAAUUGGACCUGGUCGAGAUCUAUGAUCGACUAGUUAACCACUGGCUAGUUGACUUACCUCCGGAUAUACCCGGACGCACACGGAUUGCCAAAGAAAAGGCAAUCCGGCAUUUCGUCGCCGAUAUUGUGCUGGGGCAAAUCAUCGCCGUGCGCAGACGGUCCGAGGCGGAGUUGGCCUCGAAUCUUAACAACGGCGAUGGACUUUUACCCAGUCGGCCGAUAGACAGCCUGGCCACUUCGUCGGAAGCAGGUAACGAGCAGUCUUCAUACGGACUUUCUAGGCAAAUGGGUGAUACGGUCACCUCAAGCAGUUCAGCGCAUCGAGACUUCACUGUUCCCAGUCACCUUGCAGGAACACUCCCUCCAUUUGCAGCGUUAUCCGCCUACACUAGUUUCAAGAGCCCGAGGCCGAUGUCCCGAAAUACGGAACGCAUCCUCAACCACUGGAAACCUGGCCUGGAUCCAGCGUUAUAUUCCUUCACCACGGAGGAACCGCAGUCAGCAGCUAGACUAAAGGCUUCAAGACAUAGGUCGCGAAAGAAGUUGUCCAUGUCUAUGAAGUCUCUGAGUAUAGAGCCAUCCGUACCCCUUCCGGCCGCCUCUUCUCCAGUCCGUCCUGCGAGAGAAUGGGGCAGUCAGCCCGACAACAAUGGUCAGCCACCCACGGUACGACUACAGAGCAGCCAGGUCAUGGAAGAUCUUCCAAUGACUCAGAUCGAGCGCGGUGCAUUUGGAGGUAGGGAAGCUGUCAAAAAGAGUGUUAUUAAGGCGAAAAAGAAGAAGAGGGCGGCAGGGUUUUAG